UGAACUCGGGGUUUGGAGGACCACGGGGGAGAAGAUGGUAGUACCAAGGGAAGCGGCCACUGCCUACCUCCAACAGCUACAUCGCCUCACCCACCUGGGGGCCAAACACCUCAGCUCCACCAGCCAGGCCACUGGACAUUAUGUCAAAGGACUUGAUCGCCUCUCAGAGGAAGUAGUCAAACAAUGCAAGGCAUGCCAGCUAGUAAACAUACACCCAUCCCAGGUCGGGGCGGGACAAAGACUGAGGGGAGAUCGGCCAGGAAGUUACUGGGAGGUAGAUUUCACAGAGGUGAAACCUGCCCGCUACGGUUAUAAAUAUCUCUUAGUCUUCAUAGAUACCUUCUCAGGGUGGGUAGAAGCCUUUCCCACCAAGAGGGAGACUGCAACCGUAGUCGCCAAGAAGAUCUUGGAAGAUAUCUUCCCUCGGUUUGGAGUUCCAAAGGUAAUCGGAUCAGACAACGGUCCGGCCUUCGUUGCCCAGGCUGAAGGCUCUCGAGACUGUCCAAAAGGAGGUGUGGACCCCCCUGGCUGCCCUCUACCAACCAGGAGAACUACAGAUUCCCCAUCAGUUCCAGGUUGGGGACUUCGUCUACAUCAGACGCCAUCGAGCUGCCAACCUCGAGCCGAGGUGGAAGGGACCCCACCUGGUAUUGCUGACAACCCCGACAGCGGUCAAGGUAGAUGGCGUAGCUGCUUGGAUCCACGCCUCCCACGUCAAGCGAGCACCCCCUUCAGAUGACACCUACCAUGGAUGGGCUGCAGAGA